AUGAAGACGUCCCACUCGUCCUCGUCCUGCUGUGUGAGUCUGAGGGACAGGUGUCCUCGACCUCAGGGUCUCAUCAACCUGCUCAUCACUAAAGUGUGCUUGUUGGCUCUGCUGUUCGGGGUCGUCUGGUCCAUCACAGGCAGGGAGUGUUUACCUGGAGGGAACCUCUUCGGCAUCAUCAUCCUCUUCAUCUGCUCGCUGCUGGGGGGGAAGCUGGUGGGACUGAUCCAGCUGCCAACGCUGCCCCCCUUCCCUCCACUGCUCGGUGUGAUCCACCUUCCCAAUCAAGUCCAGAUUAAUUAAUCCUGAUUAAUCUAAUCGUUUGGACUAAUGGUGUGUGUGUGUGUGUGUGUGUGUGUGUGUGUGUGCGCGCGCGCGCGUGUGCUGCAGGCACUGCACCGGCUGAAAACAGUCUGUUUACGUGUUGCUGUUGGUCCCUGCAUGAUGGAGGCCUGCACCAUCGCUGUGGUUUCUCACUUCCUGCUGAAGCUGCCCUGGAUCUGGGGCUUCAUCCUGGGGUUUGUUCUGGCUGCUGUGUCUCCAGCUGUGGUGGUUCCAUCAAUGCUGCUCCUGCAGAGGGAGGGAUAUGGAGUGGAGAAGGGAAUCCCGACGUUGCUCAUGGCUGCAGGAAGCUUCGAUGAUAUCUUAGCCAUAACAGGAUUCUCCACCUGCCUGGGAAUGGCCUUUUCAACAGGUUCUACAUGGAUGAACAUCCUCAAAGGUCUGCUGGAGGUGGGGGGAGGGAUCCUAGCAGGACUGAUCCUGGGUCUGUUCCUGGUYCUUUUCCCAAGCAAUGACCAGGAGGACCUGGUGUCCAGGAGGACUCUCAUGUUGUUGGGUCUGUCCAUAUUCUCAGUCUUCUUCAGUCAUGUCAUUGGUUUUGCGGGAGCCGGUGGUCUCUGUACGCUGGUGUUGGCCUUCUUGGCUGCUCUGGGAUGGAAGAUUGACAAGGCUGCGGUGGCAGCUAUGGUGGGUCGGUCUUGGGAUGUGUUCCAGCCCCUCCUGUUUGGUCUGAUAGGAGCUGAAAUCACCAUAACAUCCCUGAGUCCCAGCACCGUGGGUCUGGGUGUGGCCUGCAUCUUCAUUGGUCUGGUGAUCCGGCUCCUCGUCACAUUCCUGCUGGUUCAUUUUGCAGGAUUUAAUCUGAAGGAGAAACUCUUCAUCUCUGUGGCCUGGCUGCCUAAAGCCACUGUACAGGCUGCRAUUGGUUCCAAGGCGUUGGACAUGGCGAGGGAGGAGGGUGACGAGGCCGUCAUCAAGUUUGGUCUGGACGUGCUAACGUUAGCGGUGUUAGCCAUCCUGACAACAGCUCCCAUUGGUGCUCUGGGUAUUGGACUGGCAGGACCACGUCUCCUGGCCCGGCAGGUCAAAGAAGAGGAGACAGAAGAAGCUCCGCCUCCCAACCUCAUUGAACCUCUUCGAGAAAAAGACGUGACCUUUGAGAGCAAAGUGUGAAGAUUCUGAUCCAAACGAGCUGUGCUCAUUAUUUACUGUCAAUAGAGGAGAUUCAUCUGCAGAACGUUUUAUCUUUAUUUUAUCUGUCAUAUGAAAAAUGAAACGAUUUCCAACUGAGAACAUUUACAGGACAGAUCGACAAUCAGACAUGAAAACCCCCGAA